AUGGCUUGCAUCUGUGCUGCUGGAUAUUCUAUGCCACCAAUGGUCAUUCUUGACAGAAAAGGAUUAAAUCCAGACUGGACAGAAGGAGAAGUCCCUGGGACUACGUAUGGCCUAAAUGAGUCUGGUGGGAUUGACAGUGACUUGUUUGAUGGGUGGUUUAAUCAACUGUUUUUAAAGUUUAUUCCUGCUGCUCGUCCAAUCCUUCUGCUAUUAGAUGGUCACUCUUCCCAUUAUAACCCUGCUGUAAUCAAGCAAGCGGCAAGUAACAACAUCAUUAUAUUCUGCCUACCACCAAACACCACCCAUCUCAUGCAGCCACUAGACAGAGUGUGCUUUGGUGCAGUCAAGCAGUUCUGGAACGAAGAAUGCCACAGUUACAUGCAACAGCAUCCAGGUAAAGUAAUCACACGAAGGCAAUUCUGUCAGGUAUUUAGUUAG